AUCUUUGGUUUCGGCAACCUAAAUCGAACACUCUAGUCAGCAGUUAAAGUGUCUUCCAUUUCGUCAUGAAUGAGUGCAUUCCAUUGUCUAGUCCAUGUAAAUAGUCCGUGCUUAGAUGUAUACAUACUUUCCCGCCCACAAAAUCAGAAUGUCUCGACCAAAGAGGAACCCAAAUUUUACUACUGCAGAAAUUUCUAUAUUGACUGAAGAAGUGGAGAAACGGAAGGACGUGAUAUUUUCCCGACAGAAUUCAUCUGUGACCAACCAGGCAAAAAAGGGGGAAUGGGACUUAAUCUGUGAAAAAGUGAAUGCCGUAAAUACAUCCCACUUACGUACAGCAGAUGAACUAAAAAAGAAAUGGAGUGUUCUCUGUAGUGAGACAAAGAAAAAAAUUUCCAAAAUAAAGCGGGAGCAAGUGAGGACUGGUGGCGGUCAAUUGCCUGCGGAUUGUAGCGUAACCCCUGUGGAGGACAAAAUACAGUCCAUUAUUGGAGAAACUGCAAUAUCUGGAGUAGACGGGGGUAUUGACACUCUUGAAGAGGUGUCUUAUGGUAUGGCAGGAAAGGGGGCACUGAUCAUCACAGAAGUUCCAGCGGCUGACCAGUCACUUGAAGGAUCAACGGAUACUAUAGCUACAUGUACAUCUUCAACUUCAAACAGACAGACUUCUACAGUGGGCGCAAAGAAACGUAAGAUAGACGUUAAAACGCCUUCGCUGGAUUUAAUUGAUGUUGAAAAGGAAAGACUGGAGAUAGAAAAGAAGAGACUUGAUGUGGAAAUGAAAAGACUAGAAGUCGAGGAACAAAGGCUUGCUAUAGAAAGGACAAGAUUACAGCUAGAACAGGAGAAACACAGCAUAAAACUCUGUCAGCUGGGCAUUAUUUCCAAUGCCACUAUCACUUCUCAACAAUAA